GAGGGAGGGUGGGAGAGAAGGGAUUUAUCAGUUUCGGCUGAGACGACUGGAACGCCGCCCCUCCCGUGGUGUGCAGUGCAGUCGGGCAGCUGCAGCCUGCCCUGCCGGUGACCUUGACCCUGACCUCCUGCGACUACCCUCUGUCUGAGAGGAAAUUCAGGCUCCAUUUUAGCUCCGGUGUCUGGUGGGCCUCUCCCGCGGGUUGCUGCCUGUUGAUGAAGUUUUAUUUUGAGAGUGGGCUCCCUACUUGUCCUGAGAUUGAAUACUGUUAUCUACUUUAAAAAAAAAAAAUCGCCUCCCUCUUGCAGUCACAUUAAGCCACUUUAACCUAAGUAAGAAGCAAUUUACUUUUGGAAGCACAGUAAACGUUCCUGCCUUCACCCCUCCCCCCUUCUUUUUAAGGGAUGCCUUAAUUUGUAAAGCGUUUCCACCUCUUUUUGCAUUGAAUGGAUUUUUUGUGUGCAUUUGUGCUGCCUUUUCUAAGCGAGGUUUACACAUGUUUUAUAAGCAAUUUACAUUUUGACUAAGAGCAAUUUCUGGGCAAAUGGGGUAUUUUCCAAGUCAGUCAUAGUAACCCAGGGCUAGCUAAGAGCUCAGUGAGGAUCCUAGAGACUUGAAAAUGAUAUACAAACAUAAGGCAUACUGAUUUGGGGGGAAAUGAAUGUUAAUUUCCGUUUAGUACAGAAUAGAGUUGUAGAUUUAUGGUCUAGUUUUCAAUACUGAACUAUUUUUUUUUUUUUAAUUCCUGUGUGGGAAAGGGCUCCUUCCCUGGGAGAACUCUGCUGUAUCAAGGUUAAAAUACAGUCGAGUCUUUGGAUUAAAGGUGCCUGUUAGUAUUAGAGACAAUCCUAAAAAUCGCUAUCCCCCCCCCCCCGCCCCCACAGUGAUGUUUUUUUAGGUUAGGCAAGGAGGUGGUUUAAUGAAUGAACUGGGGAAAUUUAAAUUGCUUAUAAGGCAAAAGGACCUUUUUGAGUAAAUGCAGAAGUUAUUAAAGCCACUAUUGAUGUGUUGAUUUAAGAAUUGAUAGAACCUGUAAACAUUAAGAAGUGCAGCAUGUGCGCACACACACACUCAUACUCACACACACACAGACACACACUCUCUCUUACUGUUUGAAUUUGUAGAACAGUUGAAAUACUUUCCAUUUUCAUCAGCAACCUUGGCCCUUGCACUCCUAGCAAUGGGACACCGUUACCACAUACAGAUGUUGUCUAUGAGUGGAGUCUAUUUCUUACAUUAGACAAUACUAUCUAGGAACAGUCUGGCCCUGCAAAGCCCACUGUCUUCCCACAGUACAGACACUGGGGAACCUGGAUAGUCCACCCUAGAGUGGAUUAGUCCUGGAAAUCCAGGCGAGCACUUGGUAUUAUCUGAUACCAAGUCUGGGGUGAGCCUUGGCUCCUGGCACACAGUACUAGCAAUUCCCCAGGCUGGGCUCCGGCCUGCUAGGGUUUCCUAGCUCCUUCUGUUCAGCUAGACACCCCUGGGACUGUUCAGAACCGAAUUAGCUUUGGAGAUGGGCGAGCCUUUAACCUGACACUACUAACCUUAGCUUUGGGUUUCUGAUUUAAAAUUCUAUAGUCAUUUCCUCCUGGGCCUCAAAAGUAAGGGGAGGAGGGGAGUAUGUGUGUGUGUGUGUGUGUGUGUGUGUGUGUGUGUGUGUGUGUGCGCCCGCGUGUGCCCGCACAUGUGUGUUGUAUUUGUGCUACAUGGGACGUCUCAUCUAUACUAGAAAAAGGUAGAAUGUCCUGCGAAGAUAAAGUAGUCCUAUUUACAUGUCAUAAGAGGGUCUGUAGUAUCUUUCGGAAGUCCCACCCAACCAAGGAAGUUAAACCUUGAAAGGUAGGUUUAAAAUUAUUAUUCAAAAUUAAGGCCUCUGUUUCUUGGCUUAAUGCAGUAAUUUUCAUUUUGGGACUUAAACAUGUGACUCGACUGCUGUUGGUGGCUCUUUCACAAAAGUUCUUUCAUUAAUAAAGUCCAGCCUAGAGGUUCUUUGAGCUGAAGCAGGCACUUGUCUUCAUCAGGAUCCCAAAGAGGGUAACCUAAGAAGGGUCUGUCAGCCUCAGAAAGGGAGGCUGACUCUGGGGCUCUGUGGCAGGCCUGGGCCGUUCAAGCACUGUGUUUGGGAUCAUGAGGCUAAGAGGGAUGGGUUCAGGAAGGUUGGUUUAAUGCAUUUACUGUAUCUGUAUGCCCGUAACCCAUGGCAAUCAGCACUUUAAAAUUUCACCAUUAGCAUCAAUUCAGCCAUAUGCGCAUAUGGGUUUGGAUUCUAUUAAAGUUAUCAGUGGGAAUUUGCCUGAUACCUACUCCCCAGAGGAAGCACGAGGAAAAGUUAGUAAGACGGUCGUUUCUCAGUCCAGUGUUCUCACUCAGCCAUGGGUCAGAUCAGAGCAGGUUAGAGCAGGUUAACGUUCAUUAACAAAACGUUAGCAAACUCUUCUCUCCAGCAAAACCAGGAAGCAAACUGACCAGAUUGACCAGACAGCGACUGGAUUCUUUGUUUAUGCUUUCAUGACCCCCCCCCAUCCCCACCUGUGUGUGUGUGUGUGUGUUCUGCUUUUAUUUCUUACUAAUUUUUGCAGUGACCAAGCACUAUGUCCUGACUAACCCAUGGGAAAACAUUCAGCCUGAAGUAGCAGACUUUACAGAGCUUGUCAGGCAGGUCUAAUGAUUCUGAUAAAUGUAAUGAUUUUGGGGAUCACUGGUACCUGCUCCCAAAAAGAGCAUCAUGCAUCCCUGGGACCAUAAGGGAUGAUCGCAACGGCUUCCUGUGAAAAUACAGAAGACAGUUCAAAAAUCACAUCCCCUCUAAUGCUUCAAAAUAGUUUCUAAUAAAAAAAUUGAUUUUUAAUUUAUCUGUGCUGCCAUCUCGCUCUCAAGACGACACAGCUGGUGUGAGUUGACAAGUCUCUCCACAAAGUGUUAAUAAAUCAUGCUGCAGAAGUCUAAAUUGGACAGCUUUCUGCUCGCCUGAGUGCCGCUGCACAUUUCGUAGUGGAGGAUCUUUGAAUGGUCUCUGUCAGAGGGGUUCGAGGGAGCUUUUGAGACGAUCUCCACUUGGGGAGAUAUGCAAAACUCAGACCGACAGUUGUGUGCUCCAAGGAGAGUGUGUGCUGGGAUACCCAGGCCGGUCCCUGGGGUCAAAGCUGUUUUAAAAAGUUGUUUAAAGAGUCUUAUUAACUACUGUCCACACGGAUUUGUAGAAAAAGCUGUAUUAGAAAUAGGUGGCGCUGGCCGGGGCUGCCAAAGCAGUUUACUUGGUAAUCCCAGAACUUUGGACUUAGGUUGUGUCUGCACACAUGAAGUUUCAGAACAUGGGAAAAGUUCUGUCCUCUUGUGCUACCAGCUCUGUUCAGUCACUUGUCAACUGGAUGAGCCAGUGUCCCAGUUAAUUGAGAUUGCUGUAACAAGAUGCUUUUGGCCAGGUGCUUUAUUAGACAACGCAUUUCCUUUUUUCUCAUAGCCAUUGAGGUUGAAAAGUUCAAAGUCAAGAUGACCACAGAUUCGGCGCUAUGUGGUAAAGACUCCCAUCUCUCUUCUGACCGCGCUGUCUUCAUGUGUACUCACACAGUGGAGGGGGUGACUAAGUUGCCUGGGGCGUCUUUCAUCAUGGUUCUGCCCUGUGACCUACUCACCCUGGUGAGCCCUUCCUCCUGAUACCAUCAGACCGGGAUGAAGUUCCAGUAUAGGAAUAUAGGAUGUAAAGAUUCAGACUAUAGCCCAGGGUCUGCUGGAAAGAAUGGCGGCGCCCACAUUGCUGCACUGUGUGACAUUUGUUUAGUGGCUCUGACUGGUCACCAAGGCCAUCAGUAGGGCUCGAAUGGCGCCAUGUUACUGCAGUGGGGUUAAUAAUGCUUUAUCCCUCAUUUGAAGCAGGCCUUCCCCCAUUCUUCAUUUUCAGAUCCCUAGUGGAGUUUUAGGAUCCGAGAGGCAAAAGCAACAGAACAAGCUGGUGUUGAUCUUCCUAUUCUGAUGAUGUAUUAGUAAUUUUUCUGUAAUUUAAUCAGAUUGGCUGCAGACCAAGAUAGUGAGUGCACGUAUGACCUACAGAAUGGGACUUUGGGGGAUGUUAAAGGAUUUCUAGCAUGAGAAUUUACUAGGCUGUGGGCCUUGUGGUAAAGGAGUAGAUUUUUGGUUUUUACUUAUUGAAAAUAAAUCCAGGGCCUAGUUAUGGUAAGAGGGGUGUGUGUGUGCACGUGUGUGUGUGUAUGCAUAUGUGUGUAUAUGUGUAUAUGUAUGUAUGUAUAUGUAUGUGCAUGUGCUUGUGUGUGUGUAUGCAUGUAUGUAUAUGUAUGUGCACGUGCUUGUGUGUGUGUAUAUGUAUAUAUGUAUAUGUAUGUGCACGUGCUUGUGUGUGUGUGUGUGUGUGUGUGUGUACAUGCGCUCGGGCACACUUGAGUGCAGGCCCAUGCAUUCUUUUGACUUUGUUACUUAUUUUGGCCUUGGUCAUGUACCUUUUUUUUUUUUUUUCGGAGCUGGGGACCGAACCCAGGGCCUUGCGCUAACUAGGCAAGUGCUCUACCGCUGAGCUAAAUCCCCAACCCCAGGUCAUGUACCUUUAAAAUCCCAUUUUGGGGCCAACCUUGUGAGUGUUGCUCUUGCCCCCUUCCACCCUGUCUUUCCUGCCUCCUCCUUUGGAAGGCGUAAUUCAUACUGUCGAGGGCGAAGUGUACAAAACGCUUUAUGGUUCAUAGUAACCGAGAUGUCUCCUGUCAUAUUUCAUAAGAAAAUAAUGUGCAAAGCACAGACCUUGCAGACGCUGAGACUGCUUCGCAGGCUGAGGUUCCUAGCCUCUAUCUCCUGUCUGUUGAAGUGUAAGUUUGGUAUUUCUACCCUCUGUCUGAAAAUUAUGUUUUUUAUGAUACUGUAAGACAGUGUAUGAGUAGGUGCCAAAGUGGGGGCCUGUCUGAUGGCUCUUGUUGCCCUCCACUGACCCAACUUGGAUAGAACGGAUGCAGACCCAAGCAAGCUUCAUAGGUUAAAAUCCAACUUUAGCUUGAUGCUAAUCUUAAGUCACAUGGUGUAUAUUACUGUUUGUUUACAUUCUAAGAGUCAGAUUUGUGGCGUCCGCGCGCGCGCGCGCGCGCGCGCACACACACACACACACACACACACACACACACACACACACACUGUACUGUGGCUAACUUUGUGAAAUGCACAGUGAGACCCACCUGAGGUCAGAAUGUGGCCAUUAGCAACUCUACUUUUCAAAUAGUGACCUAGGGUUAUAGUAAAUAAAUUCGAGGAGACCCAGGGUUAUAUUAAAUGCAAGAGGACUCUACAUGUCUAAAGAGGACUGUCCAGUCCCUUAUAAUUAAAAAAACAACGGUCUCUCUUCUUUCUCUCUCUGUCUCUACCACCCUCUCAACUCCCUCCCCAUGCCCUGAAUAAACUAUUCUAUACUAUAUAAUAUAAAAAUAAAAAUAACAACAACAAUAAACAAACACAAAGCAUCCUUUCUCACCAAAGUUCUGCCUCUGUGGUUUUUAACACGACCAAGUGGUCUUUGCCUGUAUUUUAAAGAAAACUCAGCCAUUGAAAGAUGUGGCUCAGUAGUAGACUCUUUGCCUGCCGUGCAUGAGGUCCUUGGUUCAGCUCCUAGUGCUGGCUCAGGAAAACCAAACUCAGCCAAGUUCUCUCUACCAGAAAGGAAUAGAUCAACAGGCCUAGCAUGUGAAACCAAACCCUGAUAAACUCAGCCUUUUUCUGUUAAUUCCUUCAUAGGUCAGAAAAGUUAGACCCCAUUAGAAGCAGGGUGUGAGGGAGCAAAAGCAAGGUGAGAGAGAGGUGUGGAUCUCAGGGUGAAUUGUUUGGAGUGCUCUGAAGGAGUUGGCCUUCAAAGGGGACUCAGGAAGGCCAGGGGAAAACGAUCUUUUACACGAUUGAUCAGUCGUACUCAACUUUAUCUGAGCCUUUGAAACAGCUACUGUACUUGUGGAGGAUGAUAGAUUUUUCUCAAGUUAAGGAGUCUGGUGGUGGAUUUUAAAAAGCUCUUCUUUUGUAAUGAGAUGGAGAAAAUAUCCCCAGUGACUUGGCCUCUUUUCCUUUUGCUGUCUACUAUGUAAGUAAAGUAAAAACAAAGGUCUCAUGUGCUUCUGAAGUUGACAGGGUAGUGGUGAAAUGUGCAACCUCUUGUGUGGGGCGGUUCAGAUCCCAGCUCUGCCACUGGCAAGCUGUGUGACCUUGGACCAAUGACUUACCUUCUCUGUUAUCCAUUUCUAUAUCUUCAGAGUGGGCAUUAGGAUUGUUUAAAUACAUGUGAGUAUUGUAUGCAUAUACAAAGUCAUGCCUAAUUAGUGCCUGACACAGAAAGAAUGGAACAUACACUUAAGUAUACAAAAUGUAUUUGUAUGCUUAGGUUAUGAUUAGACUAGCAUUCUGAUCUCAAGCUUUAUGAUGGUUUCAGUGUUUUUAAUUUCUAUUUUUUUCAUAGAGCUCAUUAGUGGGGUGAGUAGUAACAAUAUAAUAUGGUAAAGUUCAUUUACGAAGCUAUUAUUGUAGGGCUUGACUAACACUUAUUCUGCAGGCCAACAAUGUUAUAAUAGGCUGUCGUUAAAGGAAUGAGUUCCUUUGUGUGUGUGAUUUGGCAGAAAUCAUAUCUAAGUUGUGUAAUAACCAUAUGAAUUAUGACAGGUCUUUACUCAGAGGUAAGGACAAUGAAUCCUCUUACAGUGACCUCCAGUGAAACUGAGGGGAGGAGAGGUGUUUAAUGAAGGUCUGUUAGUCAUUCAUUCAACAGGCAAUGCCUGGAUUAAAAUGACCGAGAGGAAAUCGACACUGGGUUUUCCAUAUGUCAUAUGGGUCAUAGUUCAGGGUCUAUGAACACACAGUCUGCUGUUUCUAAUCACAGGGAGCCCGUCUAAGGGAGCGUAUUCCCACGGAUCUUAAAUAAAGUCUUGAAGGGUGUGUGUCCGUUGCAUGGUUGUUCGUGUCAAAGGUCACAGACAGGCGUCAUAGUAGCGUGUUCUGCCCUGCACAAUGUUUACUUCAGACAGAAUUUUGGAAAUUGGAGGUUUUACACACACACACACACACACACACACACACACACACACACACACACACUUCCAGCUUCUUUUGAACACUUGGAAGAGCAAGCAGCACUGGCCUACCUCCCCACAUGGCUGCAAUCUGCUGCAGUCAGUGGGGCUGUCCCCUUUCCUGGGCACGGGUUCAUCAGCCUGCCACAAUUCCUGCAACUUGGCCACCAUGUCCCCAUAUGCACGUACACCUGCCCACCUCCCCCAAGGCUCUUCCCUCGCCAUCCCUGAAGGCAUUUGGACGAGAGACUGUUCUGUGUUCUGAAGCAUUUUCUGAUCUUUUAAUUGAGCACUGUGUCAAAGGGUUCCAAGAACCAUAUUGCAGGGUGGAGUUCAAGAAGCAGUGCGAGGCAGGGGUUCAGGGCCUGGCAGUGCCACAUUUUAGCUCUGACAGUAGCAAGCGGUUCUGUCUUGUUUUCCUCACUUAUCCAUGGUUGAAACAGGUUCUAAGGGAACUGCAUAAGCUUCUAUACAUGGGUUUUUUUUUAUGCAUGUACUGUGCACAUAGUACAUGCUGACGGUAUGCACACACCUGAAUUAUGCUCUGAUUCUAGUUGAGGAGCUCAGGGAUUUCGAAUAGCAUGCUUGGAAAAUCUUGCUUGCCCUCCAGUUUCUGAUCACUGCCGGGUGGCUCAAUAGUUCUCAUGUGUGACUGUGCCUCAGAUGGGGGUGUCUUGAAGACACAAACAUCACCAGACUUAAUUCAGUUGGCUUAGAGGUAACCUUUUUAAAAUUAAAUUCCCCAGACAUCUGAGUGAAGAACCAGAGUGGAGGAUUCCUGAAUUAGCCAGGACUAUCCCACUCUGGGGUGAUGUCAUCCCAGCCACCAGGACAUGAGAUGCUGGGCCCAGACAGGUUAGUGACCAUACUUUGUUAGCUGUUAAAACCAGGGCUUGAGUAAUUGGCUGUAGCUUGUUCAGGCUGGAAAACAAAGACCUGGACAAGAAUUGAUGCUGGUCAGAAGAACAGAUUCACAAGUGUCUACCCCACCCACAGACCGGUCUUCUCACUCUUCUUCCCACCCAGACUUCUCAUGGGCUCCGAGGCCUUGGGAGAGUUAACUUCUGUGCUGCUUCCCUAAUUCCAUCUUGGACUGAUACUAUGCUAGGCUAACAUUUUGUUUAUGGUAUGCCUUUGGUUCCCUGGGGCCAUCUGCAUAUGAAGCACGUGGAGGAGAGCAGCUUCCCCUAGCAGCUCAAGCAUCAGCACUGACAUGGGCAGGACACUGCUGAGUAUAGAGUGACUGAGGGCUGUGACACCUUCCUGGGUCUCACUGUUUAAGUCAUCUUGGCACCUUCGCCCCAGCUCAGAUGAUGGAGUUCUUGGAUUUGCAUGGAUUCUGAAAACUGUCACUGAUGAUAUUCUUUCCUUGACGAUUCUAGAUACAGGCUUUUGACAUUAAACAAAGAAGUAAGCAGUGCAUUGGGGGGGCCUGACUCCUGUGCUCCCUAGAGCGGGCGCUGCCUCUGGGGUGGGCUAGAACUAGACUUCUCUUCUGCCCUGGUUUGGUUCCUCCAGCUGUCCAGCAGGCCUUUAGAACAGGAACCAGAGCUGUAUGUGGGAGGGAGCACUGUUAGGGAGACAUGUACUCCAAAACGUGUUACUGAACUGUGUUUCAUGUCUCCACCCAGAAGAACUUCAACUAAGAACUUACUGACCUUAGGACGAGAGGGAUCACAUUAUAGGGAAGGAGGGACUUCACCACUCCAAAGCCGAGUUUGGGUAAUUAGAUUGCUUGGUUACAGCUGGGGCUCAGGCAUUUGUGGGGUCAGGGGUGUUUGUCUUUGUUUUUGAGAUACUGGCUGGCUAUAUAGUCCAGACUGGCCUUGAACUCACAAUCCGCCAGGAGGGAUUGCCGAGGGCGGUCCAGGGGUUUGGAGAGUGAUGGGAAGACGUGUGAAUGUACUUUUAUUAACUGCAUUGGUUUUGGGGGGAUUAGUGCUGGAGGUAGAACCCAGGAUUUGUGCACCCCAGCAUGUGUUCUGCCACUGAACCCCACCCCUUUCAACCUAUUACUUUAGAGCUUUAUUUAAUAUGUUGGAAUAUUUUGCCCUCAUGUAUGUAUGUGCUCUGUGUGAUUGCACAGAGAGUAACCCACAGAGGUCAAAAGAACACCUCAGCUCCCCUGGCACUGGAAUUACAGAUGAUUGGUUGUGAGGCUCCUUGUGUAUCCUGGGGACUGAAUCUAGGUCCUCUGCAAAAGCAACAAGUGCAUCUAACCGCCGAACGGUGUCUCUUGCCCCUUAUAUUGGCUUCUAAUGAAAAAAGCAGCACACACUUAAUAUAACUAAUUAACGCUAGAUAUAAAUGUUUAAAAUGCGUUAUGUUCCCUUCUCCCAGCUCCCAUCUCCACUAUAAUCAAGAAAUAAUACUUAGAACCCAGCCUCUGGUUGAAAUGUGGAUGGCUCUGCACACAGAGCUGCCUUUCGGGAUUUAAGGGCUGCUUUCAAAACCAGGGUGGCUACGUCAUUCUCGUAAGUGCCUGGAUUCACAUCUGCAAUACUGAAUCCAGAUUGGAUGCUCGGAUUUAAAGGUGAUGAUAAAGCACUCACCAGAAGGGAGGCAAAAAGAUUGUCGUAGACUCUCGAAGUCAUCAUCUGAGGACUUAAUUACUGAGUCAGUCUGGAGUGAUGUCUUAUCUAGAGAGAGGAGUGGGGGCGGGUCAAAAUCAUGUCUGACAUCUACAGCUGAAGACAUGAAGAACUGUUGGGUGCGACGGGGGUUAUGUUCUCAGAGUUGUCAUCUGUGUAACUGUGGCUUUUCUUGAACGGAAAGUUUUCAGCAAUGGUGGGAGGCACCUUUGAUCCCAGCACUGGGGAGGCAGAGACAGGCAGGUCUCUAAGUUCAGCUUGGACUAAGGAGACAGUUUCAGGACAGCCAGGGCUACAUAGAGUGGCUCUGUCUUGGAAAACAACAAGGAAAGAAAGAGAGAGACAGUGCGUGUGUGUGUGUGUGUGUGUGUGUGUGUGUGUGUGGUAUUGAAUACCAAAAGCAAACAAAAGAACCUGUUCCAAUGGGUGCAACGAUGACAUACACCUGUGAUCUAGGGCUUGAGAGGCUGAGGCAGGAGGAUUAUGAGUUCAAAUCAGUGAGUCAGUCAAUAUGUAGACAAAAACAAGACCUCUUCCCCCCCCCCCCCAAACUGUCCAACAUUGAGUAAACCCUGUGUGUAUGGAGAAGUCGGCUUAACUUGUCUGUCAGGAGUGGAUUUCUAAAGAUUUCUAUUAGUUUGGGGGCACAGAGGCAAGAGGUACUAAACCCUAAAAUAAUCUUGUUCAUGAAGAAGAGUUCUAUAAAUGAGAUGCUGCUCCGGUGACCUUCUACUGUCAGUGUAGAACCGGAACUUGUUCUUUCCCUGGGGACACCUCUUUCAGUAACUGAGCUGUUAGUCUUUAGGAGUUUGGAUGUAUGGUAGCUGGCACAAGGUAGCAAUGUGGAGCUUGAAAUCCUGUGGGAGCUAAGUCCCCAUGUUCUACUACUCCUCAUGUUAGGGGCAUGGACGUAAGCACAGAACUCGGACACAUUCGCCCUGCCACAGUUCUUUAUGCAGUCAGCAGACACAUACGAGUAGACAUUUUAACAACCAUGGGGCAAUACUCUGUGACUUUGUAUGGGACGAUAUUUUUAUGACUUUGAUAUGUAGAUAUUUAUGGGAACACAGUCUAAGAGCGGCAGGUAAAAGACUCUGGCAGUGUAGCAUCUGAAGCAGCCAUUUAGAUGCUGAGGACAGAGGACAUUCUAAGUAGAAGAAAUGACAGCAGCCAACCCAGAAUAAUAAGGGGCCACUAAAAGAAGGGUGUUGCAGAAUUAAUGUUGCAGAAUUAGUGGGUCCAAAUGGAAUGACAGAAGGCAGGGCAAAGACGGCGGGAACUGAAUCCUAAGAUUGUGCUGGCUCCAUGUGGGGUGUGUGUGUGUGUGUGUGUGUGUGUGUGUGUAGCUCAGAAAUUGGCUGGGAAGUGUGGACUUCCCUGUGAUAAAAAUGGGAAUGGAGGGUAUGGGGCUUGUGAAGGAGGUCGCCUUUUAAAGCAGAGAGAUCUCUGUUGAAAAAGCCUUUAGGAUGAAUGGCUUUGAAUCCCAUUACUGAUAGCAUCAAGGAGGGAACCCUGCCCUAGGGGAGCUCCUGGAGACUUGUGCUUCUGUAAAGGUCUGCCUCCUUUCUUGCCUCCUUUCACCUGCGGCAUAAUUAGCCAGAAAGUUCUACUGCAGGGCCUACAAGGAUGGCUCAGUGGAUAAAGUGCUUGCCAUUCAAGUAUGAGGAUCCACAGUUCAAAUCCUCAGCACCCACAUACAAACCGAGCAGGUGUGGCCUACCUGCAAUGCCAGCACUUGCAGGGUAGAGAUGGGACCUUCUGGGCAAGCUGGAUAGCUACAUUGGCCAAAUUGGUGAGCUCCACCUUCAGCGAGAAACCCUGCCUCAGAGCAAUAGAAGACAUUUGGCACCAACUUCUGGCUUCCCCAUGCAUGUUUACACACGUGUACAUGCACCUGUAGAUAUGGGACACCUGUGGAGAAACAAAGUUCUAGUGUGGUGCUUUUUACAAGAGCCGUGCCUAAUUUACACAUAUGUAAUGACGCACCAUGAAAAAGGCUGUGGGUAAAUCCAGUCUAACAAAUGUCAGUGCUGCUGAUCCUGUCUGGGUGUAUUCUUAUCAGGAACCCCGACAACGGUCCCUUUUACCUUAAUUUCAGUUUAUUAUUUCAUUUGCAUUCUUCCUGUUUGUGAAAUUGGUAAAUGUGGUAGUGUUCGGGCUGCUUCCCUUCUGCAUCUCAGCAUUUCCAUUCUGUUAUUGCCUUGCUGAGACAAUCCAUGCUGGUGAUGUGGUGUGAGCAGCGCUUCUACAGAGCUGCAGGUACAGAUCAUAUGACCCAGGGCGAGCAUCGCAAAAACGCUGGUUCUCAAGCUUUAGGAAGUUCAUGAGGGCCCCAAAGAAUUAUGUAUAUCUUAGAGAUUAAAAUAGAGAUAUUAAAUAUUUCUAUUGCUAAGAAUAACAGCUCUAACUCAGGACAUGCUAAUUAUAGAAAAACCACAUUUAUAAUGAAAAUAUGUAUUUUUCCCAAAGAGAGUGUGUGAAGUAAGUGGUGUUUUGUAUGCCUCUGUCAGUCCGAGGUGUCUGACUUCCUAGAGGACCACUGGGUCCUCGGUUGUUGAUGGGUUCACUCUAUGCAUCAGGCUAGGGAGGAAGAGCUGCCGUCAUACAGACACAGCACCACCUUUGCAAGCAACAUGACCAUCUCUGGACCACACCAAGGUCCUGCAGUGCUGAAUGAAAACAUCGUAACAAACUUUUCAUGUCUGCUCUACCUAAAUCCACUGAGCUGUCUUGUGUUUUGACUGGGUUGUCACGCACAUAACAUCACUACUGGACAUUCCAGAAAUAUGAACUCCCUGAGUUAUAUAGAACUAUAAAACGUUGAUACAUCUUAUUGUAAAUGCAACAAUUAUUUAUAUCCUCAGGAAUGCUGUCUGGAAAAAGUCUUUAAGUAUGGUAUUGGGAAUCUGUCAAGUUCAUACUGUAGCAAACAAGUUUUCUAAAAUUUUAAUGGUUACUUGAAAGCAUGAAUCUUAUCACUGGCUAAAAAUACUGUCAGCCUUUCCUUGAAGUAUCAACUUGACUCUGUUCAUUUCCAAGAAACAGUCUGCCAAAGGCCCACAUUUGAAUGACCGUAAUUUGUCAGUCAUCCUUUCAAUUAAAAGUGAUACACCGUGAAAAGGCAGCUUGUUGGGCUCCUAAGCAAACAGUACUAUGUGUCCCUACUCCUUAGCAUAGCCACAUACUACAGCACAGACAGAAAGACCCAUUACUACAUAUAUUACAUUACUUAUAACAUCAAAAAGAUAUUUAUUUCAGGAUCGAUUUUUGAUAAAGUGAAUAUUUUUUUUACUACUUUGCCAGACAGUCUUGAGUGAAAACAGCACAGGGUUUUCUGUCCCUGGACAUGUCCUGUCUGACUGUCUGUCUGCCUAUCUAUGUAAUCUAUGUAUGUAUGUAUGUACGUAUGUAUGUAUGUAAGUAAAGGUCUUACUAAAUUAUGUUCUAAGUUAACUCAACAGUUAAAUGACCUUUCUUCUUCUGUAAACACAAAUGUAACAUUGCCGUUGUGUGAAGAUGCGUCAGGUUUAGCCAGUGACGUCCUGGCUCCUCUGAUGGAGGCGGAUGCUUCUGAUCAUCACCUGCCCUGCCUGGUUAGGGUUUUUUGUCAACUUGUCAAAAGCUGUAGUCAUUUGAGGAGAGGGAAACUUGACUGAGAAAAUGCCUCCUGUAGACUGACCAAUGGAGCAUUUUCUUGAUUCAUCCAUGAAGAUUGGGGAGGGCCCAGCCUACUGUGGGUCAUGUUGUCUCUGGGAAGGCGGUCCUGGGUGGAAAAAGAAACCAAGAUGAGGCAAGCACUUAGGAGAGGUUCAGUAAGCAGCACUCCUGAGUGGCUUCUGCUUCAGUUCCGGCUCCCGAAUCCUUCCUUAGUUCCCCUCAGUGGAUUCGGACUCUGGAUAUGGAAGCUGAAUAAACCUUUUCCUCCCCAAGUUGUCUUUGGUCGUGGCGCCGCCGCCCAUGCAGUUCACUUACCUUAGAGGAUUCAUAGUUGCUCAGUUAGGCCAGGUCUGGAACCCGAGAACACAUCUGGUUUCCUUUCACUGUCUUCCUCCCCGGGCUGUGGUCCUCACAAUUCAGAUGCACCUCAGAUGCACUCUCUCGUCCCCGCACUACAGUCUCACUGAUAUUUCCGCAGUAGUUCUAGAAGUCACCAUGCCUCCAGCCCCUGCCGCUGCUGUAGUGUGUGCGCUCAUUCUUCUCCCGGAGAAUUGGACGCGUUGGCCCCACAUAUUUUUACUUAACUUCCAACUUCCGCUAUUCCUGCGUGUAUGAGCCUUCAUGCUGCUACCACAGGUACGCCGUAAGUCCUUGUAGGCAUCAGCGCGAAAAAGAAGUUUGAACUUCUAGAGUUUGAUGAGGCAUUGUCUGAGCCCCUGUACCCGGUUCACGUACUCGGAAUGACCCCUUCUGCUUUCCGUACUUCACGCGCCGGCCAGCUUUGCUUGCCCGUAUUUUCCCCAUUUUUAGAGUGAGCGAGUAACUGCUUCGCCUGGUAAAGUCUGCCUUUACCUUCAGAUAUCAGAGAGGCCCUUCAUGUGUCUGUCCUCCGUGGUUACCAGUUGCCGGGCGGAAUUAGAUGUUAGUAGGCAGGACGAGGCCGAGGGAGAUUUCAGCGAAGGAGAACAGUGGUAUGGGAAUUCCUCUGAGACUCCAUCAGAAGCAUCCUAUGGGGAAGUCCAAGAGAACUAUAAGCUAUCACUGGAGGACCGGAUCCAAGAGCAGUCCACAUCCCCCGACACCUCCCUGGGCAGUGCCACCCCCAGCAGCCACACGCUGGAACUGGUGGCACUUGAUGGUGAGGUUCUCCGAGACUCACUGCAGUGUCAAGGCCACCUUUCACCCGGAGUGUCCUCUGUGUGCGACGAUGACCCACCUAGUUCCAAUAAACCUCUGAGCAGCAACUUGCGGCGGCUGCUGGAGGCCGGGUCCCUCAAACUCGAUGGCACAGCCAAUGGCAGGGUGGAGUCCCCCGUGAAUGUUGGCCCCAGUCUGUCAUUUUCCCCACCGUCCCACCAUGCCCAGCAACUCAGUGUCCUGGCCAGGAAGCUGGCAGAGAAGCAGGAUCAGAGUGACCAAUACACCCCAAGUAACCGUUUCAUAUGGAAUCAAGGUAAGUGGUUGCCGAACUCAACCACCACCUGUGGCCUGUCCCCCGACUCCGCCAUCCUCAAACUGAAAGCCGCAGCCAACGCCGUUCUGCAGGACAAGUCUCUGUCCCGGACAGAGGACAGCCUGAGGUUUGAGUCCUUUUCCUCCCCGUUCAGCUCCCAGUCGGCCAGCUCCACCUUGGCGGCUCUGUCUAAGAAAGUGAGUGAGAGAAGUCUGACUCCGGGUCAGGAGCACCCGCCUCCUGCCAGCUCUUUCCUGUCUUUGGCCUCCAUGACCUCCUCCGCAGCCCUUCUCAAAGAAGUGGCUGCCAGGGCCGCCGGUAGCCUUCUGGCUGAGAAGUCAUCUUUAUUGCCUGAUGACCCUCUACCACUGCCGCCUUCUGAGAAGAAGCCAGAAAAAGUCACCCCGCCCCCUCCCCCACCACCUCCGCCAGCACAGCCUCAGUCCUUGGAAUUAUUGCUACUUCCGGUUCCCAAGGGAAGAGUCUCCAAGCCCUCCAAUUCAGCCCCAGAAGAAGAAAGCGGGAAGCCAUUCCAAUGUCCAAUAUGUGGUCUGGUUAUAAAAAGGAAGAGCUACUGGAAGCGGCAUAUGGUGAUCCACACAGGCUUAAAAAGUCAUCAGUGUCCCCUCUGUCCAUUCCGGUGUGCUCGCAAGGACAAUCUCAAAUCCCACAUGAAGGUUCAUCAGCAUCAGGACCGGGGAGAGACUUUUCAGUGCCAGCUGUGCCCUUUCACAUCCUCACGCCACUUCAGCCUGAAACUACACAUGCGCUGUCAUCAGCACUUCCUGAGGACAGAGGCCAAGGUGAAGGAGGAGAUCCUAGACCCAGAUGUCAAGGGAUCUCCCCACCUCAGUGACAGUGGCUGCCUGGGGCAGCAGAGGGAAGGAGGAGGGACAGAGCUAGUGGGGACCGUGAUGACGUCUAACACGCCAGAGAGGACUGGCCAGGGUGGGGCUGGCGUUGCACCUUUGCUGGUGAAGGAGGAGCCCAAGGAAGAUAACGGCCUGCCCACCUCCUUUACCCUGAAUGCUGCCGACAGGUCCGCCAACCACACAAAGCCGAAAGACCCCUCCGAGUUUGUGCCCAACAGUGCGGCAGCAUUGUUCAGCCAGGACAUCUCGGUUAAGAUGGCCUCCGAUUUUCUCAUGAAGCUGUCAGCUGCAAACCAGAAGGAGCCUAUGAAUCUUAAUUUUAAAGUGAAGGAGGAGCCCAAGGAAGAGGAGACCCUAAGCAUGCCUUUGCCUCGCUCCAGCUACGCGUUCAGCCCGGAACCGGAAGUGGCGACCCCUAGCAUCUCCGAGGACCCACUUACACCCCAGGAAGGCAAGGGGAAUGUGUUAAGGCGGGACAUGUCAGCCAAGGCUGCCUCAGAACUUCUCAUGAAACUCUCAGCGGAAAGUUACAAGGAGACGCAGGUCGUGACGGUUAAAGAAGAGCCCAUGGAGGUGGAUAUCCAGGACUCCCCAGCCUCCAUAUCACCCAGCCGGAACGUUGGCUACAGCACUUUAAUGGGGCGAGAAAAAACCGAACCCUUACAGAAGCUUCCGGAAGGUCGAGUUCCCCCAGAGAGAAAUCUCUUCAGCCAGGACAUCUCUGUGAAGAUGGCUUCUGAGCUUCUUUUUCAACUCUCAGAAAAAGUGAGCAAAGAACACAAUCACACGAAAGAAAACACCAUGCGGACGACCACCAGCCCUUUCUUUUCAGAAGAUACAUUUAGACAAUCACCAUUCACCUCCAAUUCAAAAGAUCUGCUGCCCGGUGAACCCGUGCUGCAUGGGAGAGUCUCCGCUCCAGAGACAGAUAAGAUCGUCCUUGAGGCAGGAAACGGACUGCCGUCCUGGAAGUUCAGUGACCAGCUCUUCCCUUGUGACGUGUGUGGGAAGGUGUUCGGCCGACAGCAGACAUUGUCUCGGCACCUCUCCUUGCACACAGUUUUGGUUUCUCCCCCAGAGGAAAGAAAAUACAAAUGCCACUUGUGCCCCUAUGCUGCUAAGUGCCGUGCAAACCUGAACCAGCACCUGACCGUGCACUCUGUGAAGCUCGUGAGUACAGACACUGAGGACAUAGUCAGUGCUGUCACCUCGGAAGGCAGUGAUGGGAAGAAACACCCUUAUUACUACAGUUGCCACGUGUGUGGAUUUGAGACGGAGCUCAAUGUUCAGUUUGUGAGCCACAUGUCUCUCCAUGUGGACAAGGAGCAGUGGAUGUUUUCCAUCUGCUGCACGGCCUGUGACUUUGUCACCAUGGAGGAAGCAGAGAUGAAGAGUCACAUUGGCACCAAGCACACAGGGGAUGAUAGGAAGACCCCCAGUGAAUCAAACAGCCCCUCCUCAUCCUCACUGUCAACUCUGAGUGAUUCAGCCAAUGGCAAAGAUGACUCAGACAGCUCCCAGAAAAACAAGGGUGGGAACAACUUGCUGGUCAUCUCUGUGGUACCCGGGAGCCAGCCCUCACUGAACAACGAAGAAAAGCCAGAGAAAGGGUUCGAAUGUGUUUUUUGCAACUUUGUCUGCAAGACGAAGAAUAUGUUUGAGCGCCAUCUGCAAAUCCACCUCAUCACCCGGAUGUUUGAGUGUGAUGUGUGCCACAAGUUCAUGAAGACCCCCGAACAGCUGCUGGAGCAUAAGAAAUGCCACACUGUCCCCACCGGUGGGCUCAAGUGCCCAUUCUGCAUUUAUUCCACCAACCGCCCUGCUGCCAUGGAGUGCCACCUCAAGACCCACUACAAGAUGGAGUACAAGUGCCGGAUCUGCCAGACAGUGAAGGCCAACCAGCUGGAGCUGGAGACGCACACCCGCGAGCAUCGCCUGGGCAACCACUACAAGUGUGACCAGUGCGGCUACCUGUCUAAGACGGCCAACAAGCUCAUCGAGCACGUGCGCGUGCAUACCGGGGAGCGGCCCUUCCACUGUGACCAGUGCAGCUAUAGCUGCAAGCGCAAGGACAAUCUCAACCUGCACAAGAAGCUGAAGCACGCCCCCCGCCAGACCUUCAGCUGCGGAGAGUGCCUGUUCAAGACCACACACCCUUUCGUCUUCAGCCGCCAUGUGAAGAAGCACCAGAGUGGAGAAGGCCCUGAGGAGGACAGGAAAGGCCUGAGCCCAGCCUCCAGAGAGCCAGCUGGCCCUGGAGCCCCACUCCUGGUUGUGGGGGGUGGCCGGAGUCUCUUGUCCCCGCUGUCAGUCAUGUCUGCCUCUCAGGCUCUACAGACCGUGGCCUUGUCAGCAGCCCACGGCAGCAGCUCAGAGCCCAACCUGGCACUCAAGGCCUUGGCCUUCAGUGGCUCCCCGCUGCAUCUUGACAAAUACCGGAACUCAGAUGUUGCCCAUCUCAUUCCCUUAACAAUGUUGUAUCCCAGAAACCACCUGGAUCUCACAUUCCACCCUCCCCGACCUCAGACUGCGCCUCCCAGCAUCCCCUCGCCCAAACACUCCUUCCUUGCCUAUCUUGGACUAAGAGAAAGAGCUGAGACUGUCUGAGGACAGCCGCGUUCUGUACCAAAAACCAAGAGACAGAGACAGGAAAAGACAAAAACCCACAAAACUUAAAACACAACCCCAGCAGGUGUAUGUGCUGCAAAGCCUUCAGGCCCCAGGGGUCUGGACCAUGUGUACUGUAUAUCUUUAGUAAGGAAUAGAAAAUUGGCUCUGUAUGUAAACCUAUUGCAUUGACCUAAAAGCUGCUUAUCCAGUCUUCAGAGAGGUGAUCUGCUGCCUAUGUCUACCUUCAGAGGCAUGCCUCCCCAGCCAUCACUCCCACCUCAGCCCUCCUCCGUGCUUCUCUCUGAAAGGAAUUUUGUCAUGUUAAACCCUAAAGAGAGUGUCCUUAAUAGCAGUGAGCACUUGGAAGCUUCUCUACUGGUACAUUGGGUUUUCUGUUGGGUGAGUGGGGUCUUGUGGGCAUUUGUGGACUGGGAAAGAAAAAGUCCGUAUGCAUUUGGUGUGUGUGUGUGUGUGUGUGUGUGUGUGUGUGUGUGUGCAGGUGUGUGUAUCUGUGAGUGUGGGUGCAUGCGUGUGUCUGUGGGUGUGGGGGGUGUGGGUGUGAUACGCCAUGACAUUUCUAUUGCACAUUCUUUUUAUACUGGCCUCUUUGACAGUGAUGAACAGUCCUGACUGCCCAUCUGGAUUGUUCACGCACUACUUUCUCCCCACCUCUGCCUUUCCUUCUCUAUAUGAUGACUACAGAAUGGUAGGGGCUGGUGCUCAGUGGAGGAGGAGAUACAUGGUGCCAGAAUAUUCCAGUAGAGUGCGCAAAGCCUGGCGUUCAGAUCUCCACUUAGGAAGAUGGAUAGAGUCAGGCGACAGAUCUCUUAAGAAAUGCCUCAAAGCUCCCUCGAAGCUGACAUCACAAAACCUGGGUGUUGUGUGUGUGCACAGGUGGAGCACGCGCGUGAAGACACACACACACACACACACACACACACACGAGUGCAUCCUUUUUAAAGGGCAGAACAUAUGUGUGUGCGUGAUAUGUUUAUUCAGUUAUCGUUUGUAGGAAAAAAUUGUAUGCGUGGAAAUGUUUAUGGUUGAUAAAUGCAGCCAAGGAGAUUAAAGGGGUUUGGAUCGAUUCUGGGUGUAAAUGCUCAGACUAAAAAGAAACGGCAGCUUUGCACAGUGCGCUGGCCUUGCACUAGUUUUGUUUCUCAUUGGGGGAAAAGGAAUAGGUAAAAGAGAAAGAAGGAAAUGUACCUUUUUAUGGAAAGAGUAGACUGUAUGUUUGACAUUUUAGCUGUGACCUCUUUGUCGUACAAGGAAGGACAGAACAAAAGGUGCUGUUUGGUCCUGUGCCUCAGCUGAUGCCCCAGGGUGCCCCACUGUGUGCAGAGCCUCUGGCUAGAGUGUGCCCUCCGUGUAUUAGUAACCCUGUAUUCCAUUUUGUUAACGCCUAGCAGAUGGAACCUGCUAGGAGGCUGACUUUAUACUUAUUUAAAGCUUAUUUUAUGGUCAUUAAAAUGGCAGUUUCUGUGCAGCACUUUAUUGCGCAAAGAAAAGGUGCGAUUCAGUCGAGUAGCCCUUAGCUCAUCUUAAAAAGGAAUGGAUGGUUUAAAAAGGAAAAGAAAUCUUCGAAUGAAUAUGUUCACUGCUUGAAUUUGUAAAACAGCAGAAUUUCCAGUAUGCAACAGGCUGAAAGAGGGGGAAGGAAUGUGUUUUGUAUAAAAAUGGGAAGUGUGCGAUAUGAAAGUUUCCUUAUUAUUUAUCAACGGAAGAACUGGUGUCAGGGGGGAUGCUGUUCUCCCACACUGCAUUCUCCUCCCUAAUACCCACCUUUCUUUUCGUUACUUUAACCAGGCGGAUAUAAAAGCAUCCCCAUGUUCUUCCUUUUGUCAGGAUCGCUUCCCUGAAGUGAAUGCAGUCAGACAGGAAGCCAGAGACUGCACAGUCCACACCAUCAGCUCCCCUUCCCCUCUCAGCUCCUCUCUCCCAUGCCUAGCUGGUCUCUGCUUCUCUCCCCACCUGUCAUCCAGCCAAGGGUGAGGAGCCUGGUUAGAGCCCUGGCAAAUCCGUUUACACUACAGAGAUGUCACAAAGCAGGGAGACCAACCAGCUAGGCCAAAAAGGCCCCAGAGCCUCAGUCCUUCUCCAGCAGAGACUUUGCUCUCCGCCUUGUUUAACACGCUGUUCAACUCAGCCCGUAAUAUCUCAGUAAAAGACACUAUAGACACUUCUGGACAAUAUGCCCCAAGGUCACUGGGUUUAUGGGUGGGUUUGUUGUGUUUUAUUUGCUUUUGGUUUUUGUUUUAAAUUCAUGUCUUUAUCCCCAUUUAAUGGAGAAUGUGCCACUUGGCUAAUAAUGUGUUUUCAAAACUGCAGGUUCAGUGAUAAGAGACAAGGGAUCCCAGUGGUCUCCCCACCCCACCCCAGAGGUUGGCAGAAAGGUGACCCUCAGAUGCACUAGCAGGUUAGGAACCUGAGUGGGUGCCUGGUCACGAGGACCCUGGGUUUUACAGCAUGCCACUUGUGCAAUAAGAGGUCUUCGGGUGGGAACAUGAGCGAGUGAGGGAGGCGGAUGGAGACGUUUACUACUCAGAUGCCACGCAUUGCACCGCUUGCCACUGAACCUGUAUCUGAAUGACUUAGUGAUGCUUAAUGUAAUUGGGCAACUUUUUUAGCACUUUGGAAAGAGUCAUCAAUCUUUCUGGUAAAUUAUAAAAGGUUUUCUGAGUGAGAAAACGUGUGUUUGCAGUUUGUUUGACUUUUUAUAUUAUUGUUGUUGUUAUUAAUAAAGAAGAAAAUCUACAGCAUUUUCUCAGAGUCCACCUAGAUAAAAUGUGCCCCCAAAUCUGGUUUGCGGUUGAUGCCCAGGGAAGGAUGUGUUCUGUAGAUCUCCUUCCCGAGAACACUGACACCUUCGAGAGUCGCCUGGCAGCUUUGGGUUCUCACCAUGCGUUCCCCCAGGAGAGCUGGCUUGGCUUUUCCAUUUAGUGAUGCAGGUAGGGGUCUGCGCACUUUCCUAUCCUAUCCUUUCUUUUCUUUCUUUUUAACUCCUCAUAUUAGUUCAGAUGAGCAUACCGUCAAGGUUUGUGUACAUUACUGAAAAUUUGUAUUGUAAGAAGCUUUUGCAUUACAAGGCUGUACAGGGUCAUUUUGACAGUAACUGGUAUUUUCCUCUGCAUCUUACGUUGCAUUGCCAAUUUCUAGUGUAUCGAGUUUGGAAGUAUAAUAUACUCUAAUUAAAAGACAAAAGGUUGGCUAUA